GCUCAAACCUUAUCACAACCUGAGUUCAUAGAGCCAAUCGAGCUGUUGAAUACCGUGGACUAUUUGUGGUGGACUAUUUGGUUGGUGCCGCAUGCUAGCGUUGCAGGGUGCUCGUGACCUGAAGGUGGCUCGACCAUGUUGAUAUCGGCGGGCAGUGGCCCCACGCCCGAGUUCUCCCCUGUCUCGUGCUGCGCCCCCUGGAAGAUGGAGCCGGCGCCCCCAGCCCCCGCUGCCAUCACCCAGCCGCACAACAUAUCGCCCAAUGUACCUGUAUCCCCGUCAUCAUCUGGCGGUGGCGCGGGUGGCGGCUCAGGCACCCCCCUGUACCCGGGCGCGGCGUCUCACCCCCUCUCGUCCCUACUGUCACAACAGAGGCUCCUGGAGCUGUCCCGCUUCGGGCUGCGCCACUAUGACAUCGCGCACCAUGUACUGUCACAGCAAGGUGCUGUAACCAAGUUGCUUGGCACUCUGCGGCCGCCGGGUCUGAUCGGUGGUAGCAAGCCCAAGGUAGCAACGCCCGCAGUAGUCUCCAAAAUAGAACAGUACAAAAGAGAAAACCCUACCAUCUUCGCCUGGGAGAUCCGAGAACGACUCAUAUCUGAAGGCGUGUGCACGAAUGCGACAGCUCCCAGUGUAUCAUCCAUCAACAGGAUACUUCGGAACAGGGCCGCAGAGCGAGCAGCGGCGGAGUUUGCGCGAGCUGCCGGCUACGGCCUGUAUGCUGCGCCUCCGCCGUACGGUGCCUUCCCUUGGGGCGGCGGCGGCGGAGUGUGGCCUCCCGGGUCUCUGCCCCUGCCACCCGGGGUGCCCGGCCCUCCCACAGGAGUACCACACCCUGACGUCAACCAAGGCUUCCUGACCUCCGGACGAGGCCUAAUAGACGUCGACGGCGACGACUCCGGCUCUCUAGACGGGGAACAACCAAAGUUCAGACGGAAUCGCACUACCUUCAGCCAAGACCAGCUAGAAGAACUAGAGAAGGAAUUUGAGAAAUCCCACUAUCCAUGUGUUUCUACCCGAGAACGGCUGGCGUCCAAAACCUCAUUAUCUGAAGCACGAGUUCAGGUUUGGUUUUCCAACAGACGAGCCAAGUGGAGACGCCACCAGCGCAUGAACCUCCUGAAGCGCGGUGGCGGCUCGCCCCCGCACCGCCUCCCCCACUCCCCCUCCCGCUCCCGCUCGCGCUCGCGCUCCCUCUCCCCCGCGCGCGUCUCCUACCACACCCCGCAAAUGGGCGGCGAGAAUAGCGCCUUCAAGGCCCUCUCGCACCAGGACACCAACGCCUUGAAGGCCUUCGCACAUCAACAGUUCGAUGCCAACGCACUGAAAGCGCUCUCGCAGCAGACGAACUUUGACGGAAGCGCUUUUAAGCCGCACCCGGCAUUAGAGAACAGCGCCUUCAAGUCGCUCGUCCCGCACUCGGCAGCUGCAGCGCUAUUAGCAGCACAGUCUAUACAGUUAGCGAGAGGAUAUGAGUCACACUCAGAUUCAGACGAGGAGAUCAAUGUUCACGAGGAGAGCGACAAUGAGCAGAGGGUGGCGCGCAAGUCGCGGUCGGCGAGCCCGUGCCGGCCGCGUGCCACGUCCAACGACCUGCCGCUACAGCUCACCAAACACGAUCGUUGAUACAGUCAUUAUAAUUAAUUUAUUUACAUUUUACCUACAUAAAGUAUUACAAUUAUCAUUCCUAUCGAAUGUCCAUGUUCCGAAUAAUUAUGUAAAUUAAGAUUCUAGAGUGCUAAUACUCCAGUUAGUUUGUAAAUUAAUGUAAAUACCUAUGUAGAUAUUGGAGUUGUUAAUUAGUGUAAAGAAGACGAGAGUGAUUAAUUUUAAUGAUGCACAAACUAUCGCGUUUAGAGAGAGUAGUAUUAAAUUAGUUGGUGAAUUGUUGACAUGUUUUGAUCUGGGGACACAAGGCAAUUAUAAAUUAUUAUAAACGAAUUCAAUGGACUAGCAAUGUAAUGGUAAAGGAAGGUAUAUAGUUGUAAAUAAGGUGAGACGUUCUCGACUGAAGUUGCUCAGUGGCCCUAGAGUAACAUUUUAUAAAUAGUAAUAGACAAGGAUGCUAACUGGCUUGUAUUAAGUUGUUGUGAUACUUCGAGGGAGUAUACCAAAGUAUUAUUAUCAAUGGGGAAAAGUACGGUUUCAGGAGAAAAAAGUUCCUAACGCUUUUCAUAUCUACAGAAAAAAAAACAACUUUAGACGUAUUUACACCAAUUAGAUGAUUUGUAAAAUAAUUGUUAGACAAUGAAUUAGGUCACUAAAGUUUAUGAUUUUGGCACUAUUUUAUAGAAUUUGUUAAUACGGCCACAUUGCUUUGCGACAUCGGCCCAAAUUGCCCUUAAGUAGUUAUUUUUGUAAAUAUUGUUACAAACGUGAGCGUUGUAUACUAUUUAUUGCUUAAAAGAAUAUUAAUUAUUGUAAAAUAUAGGAGACAGUUUACAUACGUACCUAAAU